CUGGGAAGGCUGAGCUCCAUUGGAUGGAGCAAUGUGCCUUAGCCAGGGCUGCGCUCCCCUCUCUAACAUUCAAAGGAGGGAGACAGGGGCGAGCGCGCUCUGUCCCUGGCUCCCCCAUGCACGGGGCUAGGUGUGCGCGCAGCUCUCCCGGCGCUACUUUGCGCGCGCUCUCUGGCGCAUAUGCAAAUCCACGCGCCCCCAGCCGGAGUUAGGAGGAUGCUGCUGCCGCUUCUUCCUCCUCGGCAAGACCCAGCUCCCGCAGACUUGUUCUCAAGACUAUGAAAUGACCAGUCCUCUUCACCUAGCAGCAGCAGCAGCAGCCUGGGCACCUGACCUCCUCCGCGCAACCUUGAGCAGACCGGGGGGGAGAAAAGGGCUCCUCUCCUCACCUCUCCUCCUGUGCCUGGGUGCGGUGGCAAAGCCAGGGGGGCUGUGAAAGCAGCGCAGACUCGGGGCACGUUGGUGGCAGCCUUUGGGCUCCGCAGGAGAAGCAGCCACUUGAAGAAGGGAGGGGCUCUUGAAAAGCUGCCCCCGUCUUCUUCCCUUCCUCCUCCCUUGCCCAAAGAAAGUGGAGUGCGGGGCUUGCUUCUUCCCGAGGACUGCUGCUGCUGGUGUGGUGUGUUUUUUCCUUUGCUUGCUUCUCUGCCCAGCCAUGGGGAAAGGUCUGGAAAGCACGGCUGCCCGAUGCGGACUGGGACUGGGAUACUUACUGCAAACGUUCGUGUUACCUGCCCUGGCUAUCCUGAGUGCCAGCAGCACGGGCUCCGCAGCGCAAGAUGAUGAUUUUUUUCAUGAACUCCCAGAAACCUUUCCAUCUGAUCCUCCAGAGCCUCUGCCUCAUUUCCUCAUUGAGCCUGAAGAAGCUUACAUCGUAAAGAACAAACCUGUGAACUUGUACUGCAAAGCCAGCCCUGCCACCCAGAUCUAUUUCAAGUGCAACAGCGAAUGGGUUCAUCAGAAGGACCAUGUGGUGGAUGAGCGAGUAGAUGAAACUUCUGGUUUGAUUGUUCGGGAAGUGAGCAUUGAGAUUUCCCGUCAGCAGGUGGAAGAACUCUUUGGACCUGAAGAUUACUGGUGCCAGUGUGUCGCUUGGAGCUCUGCCGGCACUACUAAGAGUCGAAAGGCCUAUGUUCGCAUUGCAUAUCUCCGGAAGACUUUUGAACAGGAGCCCCUGGGAAAAGAAGUGUCUUUGGAACAGGAAGUCCUGCUCCAGUGCCGUCCACCUGAAGGCAUCCCAGUAGCUGAGGGGCAGCCUUUGAAAAAAAUAAUUGAACAUUCUGAAGGCAGAAGAAGCUGUGAGAUGGGGGAAGAAAUGAACGCUGUGCUCCAUGAUGGCUACCUUCUCAUUUCAGUGCAAUGUGAUAUUGGCAGAAUAUCACAUUCAGCAGAUGAGUCCUUUGUAGUGUACUUUAGUUUACAGCAGUUUCUGGUGGAGUGGCUGAAAAAUGAAGAGGUGAUUGAUCCCGUCGAAGAUCGGAAUUUUUACAUCACCAUCGAUCACAACCUGAUCAUCAAGCAGGCACGUCUUUCUGACACAGCUAAUUACACCUGUGUCGCCAAAAACAUCGUCGCCAAGAGGAAAAGCACUACUGCCACUGUAAUUGUCUAUGUCAAUGGCGGCUGGUCUACCUGGACUGAGUGGUCAGUGUGUAAUGGUCGCUGUGGAAGAGGCUAUCAGAAGCGCACAAGGACCUGCACCAACCCUGCCCCACUCAAUGGUGGUGCCUUUUGUGAGGGCCAAAGUGUCCAAAAAAUAACUUGCACCACCCUGUGCCCAGUGGAUGGUAGAUGGACAGCGUGGAGUAAGUGGUCUACCUGUGGAACAGAGUGUACCCAUUGGCGCAGGAGGGAAUGCACAGCGCCAGCACCGAAGAAUGGUGGGAAAGAUUGUGAGGGUCUCGUUCUGCAGUCCAAGAACUGCACAGAUGGGCUGUGUAUGCAGAGUUUCAUUUAUCCUAUUUCAACUGAACAGAGAACCCAGAAUGAAUAUGGAUUUUCUUCUGCUCCUGACUCAGAUGAUGUAGCGCUCUACGUUGGCAUUGUGAUAGCUGUAAUCGUGUGCCUAGCUAUUUCAGUGAUUGUGGCACUGUUCGUGUACCGGAAGAACCACCGUGACUUUGAGUCAGAUAUUAUAGACUCCUCGGCACUAAAUGGCGGAUUCCAACCCGUUAAUAUCAAGGCUGCAAGACAAGAUCUCCUGGCAGUGCCACCAGACCUUACAUCUGCUGCAGCCAUGUACAGAGGUCCUGUCUACGCCUUGCAUGAUGUCUCUGAUAAAAUACCAAUGACCAACUCUCCAAUCCUUGAUCCACUGCCCAACCUGAAGAUCAAGGUCUAUAGUACCUCAGGUGCAGUCACCCCACAGGACGACCUGUCUGACUUCUCAUCCAAGUUAUCCCCACAGAUAACUCAGUCUCUUCUGGAAAAUGAGACCCUGAACAUGAAAAACCAGAGUCUUGCUCGACAAACAGACCCAUCAUGCACUGCUUUUGGCACCUUCAACUCCCUUGGAGGUCACCUGAUCAUUCCCAAUUCAGGUGUAAGUUUGCUGAUCCCUGCAGGGGCUGUUCCCCAGGGAAGAGUCUAUGAAAUGUAUUUGACAGUUCACAGGAAGGAGAACAUGAGGCCACCAGUGGAAGACAGUCAAACCCUUUUGACCCCCGUGGUGAGCUGCGGGCCUCCAGGAGCGUUGCUGACACGGCCUGUCAUUCUAACUAUGCACCAUUGCGCAGAGCCAAACACAGAGGACUGGAAGAUCCAGCUGAAGAACCAAGCAGCCCAGGGACAGUGGGAGGACGUGGUGAUGGUUGGAGAGGAGAACUUCACCACCCCAUGCUACAUCCAGCUAGACCCAGAAUCCUGCCAUAUCCUGACAGAAACACUUAGCACCUACGCCCUGGUGGGACAGUCGACCACCAAAGCAGCAGCAAAACGUCUCAAGCUGGCCAUCUUUGGGCCGCUCUCCUGCUCAUCGCUGGAAUACAGCAUCCGAGUCUACUGCUUGGAUGACACUCAGGAUGCCCUUAAGGAAGUUCUACAGCUGGAGAGGCAGAUGGGAGGACAGUUACUGGAAGAACCAAAGGCUCUGCAUUUUAAAGGAAGCACCCACAACCUCCGUCUGUCCAUUCAUGACAUUGCCCAUUCUCUCUGGAAGAGCAAAUUGCUGGCUAAAUACCAGGAAAUUCCCUUUUACCACAUCUGGAGUGGGUGUCAGAGAAAUCUACAUUGUACCUUCACCCUGGAAAGGUUCAGCCUGAGCACGCUGGAGCUGGUUUGUAAACUCUGUGUACGGCAGGUCGAAGGAGAAGGACAGAUCUUCCAACUCAACUGUACGGUGUCAGAGGAACCUACUGGUAUUGAUUAUCCUCUCAUGGAUUCAGCAAGUACCAUCACCACCAUAGUGGGACCAAGCGCUUUCAGUAUCCCCCUGCCCAUCAGACAAAAGCUCUGCAGCAGCCUUGAUGCCCCACAGACCAGGGGCCAUGACUGGAGGAUGCUGGCCCACAAACUGAAAUUGGACAGGUACCUAAAUUAUUUUGCUACAAAAUCGAGUCCUACUGGCGUGAUCCUAGAUCUUUGGGAAGCCCAGAAUUUUCCUGAUGGCAACCUGAGCACGUUGGCAGCAGUCCUUGAAGAAAUGGGAAGACACGAGACAGUUGUUUCUUUGGCAGCAGAAGGAAAAUAUUGAUGCAACCUUGGAAUGAAAAAGAAGGAAUGGAACUAGGGUAGUGGUAUUGCCCUGUGAGCUAUGAAUAAGAAACAAAAUGAAUACCCAGACCAAUGAGUUUCACAAAAGACAUUUCAGAGAAGGAAAAAUCAGCCCUGACUUUCACAUAUGUUCUCCUUGUACAUUAUGACAGGAUCUAAAAGAAAUCAUGCAAAGUUGUACCUUGAAAAUAUAAAUCAACCUAACGUUCCCCUCAGCUUGGCUGUACACUGCUUGGUACAGGAUUUUACAGUUUCCUAGGAAACGCUUUUUAUUGCUAUCCAGAUGUAUGGAUAAACUUUCUUAACAAUCCCAGUUUCUAUGGACGUUGUUUACAUCAAAUACCGGACAGGGGUAAGGAGACUGUCCAGGGCUCUUUAUAUUUUUGUUUAAAGCCAUUCUAGACAAAGCUGUGGACAGUUGGUUGUGGCUAUUUCAGAUGAUCAAUUUCCAGUGAAAUUCAGACUUUGGCUACAAAUCCGUGCAUCAAGUGUCUCAAAAUAAUCCUCCCAUCAUUGUUCUGUUUCUUAGAUCUGGUUGUAAGACCAGUGUUUUGAAACGUGUGCAUCUGGAAAGCAGAUAAUCUGGGUGCUAAGCAGGAAUGCAUGUCUCUCUCCCUGCCUCCCCCAAGGGAAUUCCACGGGUUCAUUGUGAAAAAUAGCUGUAGGAUUGUAGGGACGAUAGGGAUUCAUUUUCAAUUCACAAUAUUACCCACUCCCUUCUUAAAGAAAGUGUGUGUGUGAGAGAUAGAUGCAAUUUGGAGUGUGGGUUGGGUGGAGGGAAAUAACCCUGCCAACAGAUUUUGCUGUAAUGAUUAUUUACUGCUAAGUAUCUAGUGCAAGGAUUAUUAUUAUUUUAUUUUAAUUUCUAAUUUGUCAGCAAUAGCAUGUAUCAUUCAAGUGAAAGCAGAACCUGUUCUCUCCCUUCUGGAGCUGCAUGGGUUCUUCUAACACACUUCCCUUCAAAUGCCACUCUCCCUCCCCUUCUCCAGCCUUUGUGCUCACCCUCCAAGGCCUCGGGUUGCGAGCAGGGCAUGCUCACAUGGUUAGCAUACACUGGACCAGAUCCUCCACUGGUGUAAAUUGAGGUCAAUGAUUUAAACCAGCAGAGGAUCUAGUUCAAUGAGUGCCAACUACCACACCAUGUGAGCUACUGCCGGAGCAGCUCCAGGCACCAGCACACCAAGCGUGUGCCUGGGGCGGCAAGCCACGGGGGGCGCUCUGUCGGUCGCUGCGAGAGCGGCAGGCAGGUUGCCUUCAGCGGCAUGCCUGC